AUGCGUUGCGGGAAUAAGAUCGGCGUAGGCAUCCAGUGUCCGCCAAACGCUACGAUUGUCUUCAAACAAGAGGGCAUCCUGGAAGAGAUUCGAGAACACGCCGUCGAACCUCAAGAGCGGAUCAUGCGAUCGUAUCAUGGCGCCAUAGGGCUGACGCAACGAAUCGGCUCGCUCAUCAAAGACGCCUACCGGGUACCAUACCUUCUCGUACAAGUUUCUUGGCAUCUAUCGACGGCUUCGCCCGGAGCGCAGCAUGACAGUCAAAUACAUGUUUGGGAUGGCCGACGGGCCGGCACAGCACGAACGAGAUCGCAGACUUUCGCUGGGUAA